AUGGCGCAACGAGGUCCCUCGGGCUACGGCAUACCCAAUGCCCCCAACCCCUUCGGCGGCCCGUCCAUGACCGAGAGCGAGCCCAGCGCCCUGGACGCCAUCCGACAGCAGACGAGCAAAAUUGAGGAUGUGCUGGACAACCUCUCGGAACCCAUCAAGCCAUACUUACCAGCCAUUGGCCGUUUUCUUAUUGUCGUGACUUUCCUCGAGGACGCGCUGCGGAUAUUGACGCAAUGGAGCGACCAAGUCUACUACCUUCGCGACUACCGUGGCUUCCCCAAGGGAAUCCCGCAGCUUUUCCUGAUCAUCAACGUUCUCGCCAUGGUCGCGUGCUCCACACUGGUCAUUGCCAGGAGGUACUCUGAGUAUGCCGUUGGCGGCCUCAUUGGCGUCGUCGUCACCCAGGCCUUCGGUUACGGUCUUAUCUUCGACCUCAACUUCUUCCUGCGCAACCUUUCCGUUAUGGGCGGCCUGAUCAUGGUACUCUCCGACUCGUGGGUGCGCAAGACCAAGGCGUUUGCUGGCCUGCCCCAGCUCGAAGAGAAGGACCGCAAGAUGUACUUCCAGCUCGCUGGUCGCGUCCUGCUCAUCUUCCUCUUCAUCGGCUUCGUCUUCGCUGGCGAGUGGAGCAUCUGGAGGGUCCUCGUCUCCGUCCUCGGCCUGCUCGCCUGCGUCAUGGUCAUCGUCGGAUUCAAGGCCAAGUUCAGCGCCACUCUGCUGGUUGUCAUCCUGAGCGUCUUCAACCUGCUGGUGAACAACUUCUGGACUCUUCACGAGCACCACCCCCACAAGGACUUUGCCAAGUACGACUUCUUCCAGAUCCUCUCUAUCGUCGGUGGUCUCCUUCUCCUCGUCAACAGCGGCCCCGGCCAGUUCAGCAUCGACGAGAAGAAGAAGGUCUACUAG